UCUCCCCACAAAAUAAAUAAAUCACAGCCUGCAAAACAUUACUCUCCCUGGAUGCAAAGUCCCACUCCUGCCACUGCCACCAAAAAUUUUGGCCUCCCCGGUUUCUGCGCGGCCGGUGGCUUCUGCCGAAAGCCCCGGGGUGACGCGCCUGGGCGCGGGGAGACAUCUGCAAGCGCUGCCCGCUCAGGCGCGACGGCUGGAGCGCAGGGAUCUGCUCUGCUGCAGCCGCUCUCUCUGACGGAAAGUUUUCCUCCUGGCUCUGGCAGCACCGCAGCCACUUGGGGAAGCACAUGACUUCCUUGGGAGACGGUGUUUCUUAUUUGUGUUGCAGGCCUCCAGCAGGCAUGGCACCGAGGCAAUAUUUAUAUCAGUUUUUGUAACAUCGUCGCAGCAGCUGUAAUUUUGGGAACUGAAGUGCUGGCUGGAAGUGGGAGAGAGAGGCACAAAGCACAACACGCCACACAGAAAUGUGGAUGCAAGGGGGAAAAAAAAAAAGGCACGAAAAGAAAACUGGCAACCAGCCUCCUCCCCCAGAAAGCUCAUUGUGUUCCCCGGUGCCAGGGGUGCUGCUUGCCCUCCAGAUGGUUACCACAGGGCCCAUCUGUGCAAAAGUGAGUCAAUGGCAAUUGCAGCUCAGGAUGUGUGUGAUGGGAUCAGAUCUGUCCCCUCAGGGUGCUCGCACUCCUGGGGGAGCAGGACAGGGGGAGUCCUCCAGCCAGGUGGCUUUCUGUGCAACAAGCCAAACAAUGUUCAGCAGUCUUCUCAUACCCUUCAGCUAUGAGAAAACAUGAUGCAACACUUACCUGUGUGCAGGUAACCAGGCUGCCCCCAAAACUGCUGCAGCCCCAUGCUGUGCCUUGGCUACCAACCCUAGCAAGCUCCUUAUCCUACCUACUGGUACCGUCAUGCUGCUCCCAGGUGCCAAUCUUGGAUCUCUGAUCCAUGCUCUGCAUGAGUCCUGACCUCUGUGGAGUUACCUUGCUGUGGCUGGGAAAUCCCCAGAGAGGUAGGAUAGGGGUCCUGUCUUCCAAAUUAUUUACUUCCCAUGAGAGGUAUUCUCUCCUUUUCUGCCCCCUGGCUUGAUUUCCAUGGUGUUUAGCCAUUGGAGGUUUGAGAAUUCUCUGGUAUGGGGCUGGAAGUCGCAGCUGCCCAAAAGACAGCAGUGUCGUCUUCAUGUGUCUCCUUGUUUCUUCAUCUGCCCUGCAGAUGCAGAGGCAAGUGACCACCCUUGGUGGGUGCCAUGUGUGCAAGAGGGGCUCUCCACUGCCCACGCAUGUUCUCAGUAGGUGGUUUCUACCUCUGCUGCCAAACACCAGCAGCUGGCAGAACAUAGGCCUGAAUUCUUCCCUGUUCAUUGCUUUUUCUCCAUGUAACUCCACUGGCCUGUGGAGUUAUAUCUGACAGAGGAGGUGUCACACAGUCUCCAGUUACCUUAGAGCUUGGUGAAACUUGAAGUUGACAUGAAGAUAAAAAGCUCCCACAGAGUGUAGCCCCAGAGCUGUCAGGUGAUGCACAUUUCAUGAUGGGCAAGAGCUGAUGGUCAUUUGACCCAAAUAUAGCUGUGUGGUGCAAAACACCUUCAUUGUCCUGGACAGCAAAAGGACUCUAGAAAAAGCUGGCUGCCAAUGAGCUCUCCAGUUCAUGUGUCCUGCAGUCCUCUAAAGGACUGCUGUGAGGACCAAGCAGGGGAACUAUCACUGUGUCUGCCUGGGAGGACUCCUGAAAACGAGCACCCAAAGCUGCAUCACAGGCUCCCCGAGGCAGAGACCAUCAAAGACUGGCAACAUAGUAAGCAUGGCUUCUUGGACUGUGGGCCUCAGAAAAUCCCCUCCAGUUUCCUAUUUCUUAUGCUUUUGUGCCAUAAGGACUCCUACUUUGUCUCAAAAAGAACUGAAACUUCAAUGGCCAAGUUGUUUCCUUAGCACAAACAUUCUGAAAUGCUCCUGGUGAACAUAGUUGGGCACAGGAUGUCUGAAACAACGAGCACCAAUGAGGAGAAUAAACUUCCUUUGAAUGGGAGAAGAGCCAUCCCACCAAACUACUCCAAUGAUGAAGAGAAUGAGGUUCCUGAGAUGGAAGCUUUUGGAUUGAUACCUAGAGGAUUUAAUCCUAGAGAUUACCUGCGUGUUGUGGAUAUUUACAUGUUCAAGGACCCUCACGAGAUCAACAAGCAGGAGCACCACACUGACAAGUACUACAACCCCAGGCUGAUAGUGCGUCGAGGACAGGCUUUCCAAAUCCAGAUUGACUUCAACCGACCCUACCAGCCACAGUCAGACCAAUUCUGGCUGGAGUUUUUGAUGGGUCGCUACCCACAGCAAAACAAAGGCACCUACAUCCCAAUUGUAGUAGGCAGUGCGCUAAAACCUGGUCAGUGGGGAGCGAAGAUUAUCCACAGGGAAAACAACUCCAUUCGGCUGUCCAUCAUGUCCUCUGCCACCUGCAUCAUUGGGAAGUUUCGCUUGUAUGUUGCUGUCUUGACUCCCUUCGGCAUCCUUCGGACACGCAGGAAUUCAGCAACUGACACCUACAUCUUGUUCAAUCCCUGGUGCCAGCUGGAUGCUGUGUACCUGGAUGACGAGAAAGAAAGGGAAGAAUAUGUUCUGAAUGAUGUUGGUGUUGUAUUCCAUGGAAACGUUGAAGAUGUAAAAUCAAGAAGCUGGAGUUACGGGCAGUUUGAAGAAAACGUUCUGGAUGCUUGCCUGUUCCUGAUGGACAAGGCAGAACUGGAGCUCUCUGGUCGUGGAAACCCAAUCAAAAUCUGCCGUGUUGCCUCAGCAGUGAUUAACUCCAGGGAUGACGACGGUGUGAUUGCUGGAUCCUGGAACAAUUCGUACGAUUAUGGUGUUGCACCUUCAGCCUGGACGGGAAGUGUGGACAUUCUCUUGGAGUAUUACAGUUCUAAGCAACCUGUCCGAUAUGGCCAGUGCUGGGUUUUCGCUGGUGUCUUCAACACAUUUCUGAGAUGCUUGGGGAUACCUGCAAGACUCAUUACCAACUACUCUUCUGCCCAUGAUAACAAUGCCAAUUUACGGAUGGACUUCUUUCUGGAUGACGAAGGAAAAGUGGACACCAGACUUACAAAAGAUUCUGUCUGGAAUUAUCAUUGCUGGAACGAAGCUUGGAUGACCAGACCUGACCUUCCUGUUGGCUUCGGAGGAUGGCAGGUUGUUGAUGGGACACCUCAAGAAACCAGUGAUGGUAUGUACAGAUGUGGUCCAGCCUCAGUUCAAGCCAUCAAACAUGGUCACGUUUGCUUCCAAUUUGAUGCUCCUUUUGUCUAUGCUGAGGUGAAUAGUGACAUUUUCUACACAAGAAUGGAGAAAAAUGGUACCCAAGUGGUAGAAAACAUUGACACGACCCGUAUUGGCCAGUUGAUUGUGACCAAGGAAGUUGGAGGUGAUGGAAUGAUGGACAUUACUGAGGAGUACAAGUUCCGAGAAGGCUCAGAUGAGGAAAGGCUGGCUCUUGAGACUGCUGUGAUGUAUGGUGUUAAAAAGCAAAGUAUCCAAGACACCACAUACCAGCCACAGACAGAUGUCGACAUGGACUUCCAAGCUCAAAAGGCAGUCCUUGGCAAUGACUUUAAAGUCACUGUAACUUUCAGGAACAAGAGUCGCAACUCCUAUACUGCAACCACCUACCUUUCGGGCAACAUAGUGUUUUAUACAGGAGUCACAAAAAGUGAAUUCAAGAAACACUCUUUCAGUGCAAAACUGGAACCCUCUUCAUCCACCUCUUUUGACAUUAUGAUCAAAUCAAGCGAGUACAUGCGUGACCUGCUGGAGCAAGCCUCCUUUCAUUUCUUUGUGACUGCGCGGAUCAAUGAAACGGGGAAGAUUCUGGCCGUGCAGAAGGCGGUAAUGCUGGAUAUUCCCGCCCUGCGGAUCAAGACCAAAGGUGAACUGGUAGCUGGUAAAGAAACGUCUGUGAUUGUGGAAUUCACCAAUCCUCUGAAACAAACCUUGGAGAACGUCACGCUCCGCCUCGAGGGACCUGGCAUGCUGAGAACAAUAAAAAAGCAGUUCGGGAGAAUCCCGAUGAACUCUACAUUGACCUGGGAGGUAAAAUUUACCCCACUGCGACCAGGUUUACGGAAGCUGAUUGCAAGCCUGAAUUCUGAUGCUUUGAGGCAUGUGUAUGGUGAGCUGAAUGUCCAGAUUCAGAAACCAUGAACCAAGGUGCUGCCUUCUUCUCUCAUUUAGCUAUUUUUUUUUAAUAUCAUGGUAAGAGGUGGCUGAUGGAGAGGUAUAAAUCUGCUUAUUGUUAUUUUGGUCAUCCUUCUGCUGAAAAAACUUGAUAAAACAAACUAAUUGGUAUGACUGGGGAGAACAUAAAAAAGCACCUGGAUGCUGAAUGAUUUAAAAUUAGCUAUAUGUAAUUAAAGGCAAUUCUAGGUCAUAUUAUUCCUGUAGCUCACUUGUAUUUAUGGUCUUUUCCAUUAGUGCUGCAAGGGAAUUUGAAAAGCUCCAUUCGCCAGAGUAAUCUGAACUUUAGUUUUAAUUAAGGCCUGGUAUUUCACUGAAAAGGGAAGGGAAAAAAAUAAAGAACCCAGUGUUAUAAAUUCUUAGACUGUAUUACACAGUGUUGUGGUAGAUCAUUCAGGCUGCAUUAGAAACAGGUAUUUCUAGCUAAAAGGGUCUUCUUUAUCUUACAAAUUAAUAGUGUUGUGGUUAGUGGAGAGCUCACUUUGCUGGAAGCAUCUCUCAGGAUGUUUUAUCUCUAGAAUAUUCUCAGCCCCUUAUUUUGUCUUCCAGCUUCCCUGUGCUUUUUCUCCAACUCUCUGAUGUGUGCAGACACUCACACAGAUUCACUUCAUACCCUCAUCAGACCCCAUAUGCAGCUGGUGUGCUGUUCCUCUACUUUGCUGGGUGAAAAUCCACAGUUUUUCUGCCUCUGCUCAGAGUUUAUCACACAAAACCUGCACUUGCUGGUCAUAUCUCUUGUGUAAGACCUGUUCUCUUUUCAUCCUUCUCUGCCUUUUUUUCUCUCCUGAACCCACCCUGUAGACCCAUCUCCCACAUGAGUGUGUCAGGAGUGUUCGCUGCCCCAGAGCAGUCCAGGCUGGCAAGUGGGAUGAAGGAAAGAGGAGUGGAGCAGGGACCCUGAGGGUCUUCUCCUGCCAGUGCCACAAGCCUAGCCAGUGUCCUGCACUGUAGCUGGGGGUGACUUUAAAAAUAUGGGCAUGAGUUUAGAUUAAAUGGUGCCUGAAAGUUCCCAAGAAUCACGGCUAAAGCAGAAUGAAGACCUGUUACAUGAGUAACCCCAGGAAUACAGAGGGACAGAAAUCAUUUGGGAAAGGAGUAAAGAUGUAUCCUGAGAGUCAGAAACUUAGACAAGCCACAGCAACUCCUCUCCUCUGGUCAUGGUGUGUGUGUGUAAGAGCAGAUCAGGUAUUAACAGCACAGGGGAGCCUGUUGAGCUUCUAAAGUUAAAAGGAACACCUUUCUCUUCAAACCCUGGGGCUUUACUGGAUGGCCAUGUCAUUUGGUGGUCUCAAUGAAAAGCAAGGGAGAUGCCUUCCUUCCCUUCUUCUCCUCUUGUUGCUGCACAUUGCCCAUGGCAACUCCUGUAAGACCUGUAACCAGCUGUUAAGGUCUUGGGAGAGGAGAAAUGCAGCUGCUCUUUUUACUAAAGCAUGGGGAAGAAAGAAAAAAUUCAUACCACCUCACAUAGUCUAGGAGUACCCCAGGAUCCAGUAAAACCAGAAUUCGGGGGGCUUUCACUUCAGGAAUGGACUCGCUUAUUUUGUACAGCUUAUGUGACCACAUCAGAAACAUUGCCAUGUCAAAGUCCUGCGGGGUAGAAGAGACUGAACAAUGUGUUGUAAGUGCAAGGUGACAAUCUCUGUUAGAUAAUUAAGCAGUCUUACCAAUCUCUACAUCUUUUAAUAAAAUUAUCCAUUUUGUGCUCUUGCAUAUAAACCUGCUUUCUAUUUCAGGCAUUUUAUAAAUACAGUGUAAUAAGAAUUCAAAAUAAAGUGUGU